CAAGAAAAAAAAAGUAUGACUUAAGUCUAGAUCUAGAACUGGAAAACAGAAUUGCAAACACACACACUCAACAAACCAACCAACUUUGAACUUUGGAAAAGGCCAUAUAGAUUUCACUGUUUAGUUUUUGUAGUAGAGAAGAAUUUGAGUAGUCAAAGGCACCAUGGUCAGUUUCUAUAUACUGACCUUAUUGGUCAUUUCAGUACGUGCUGCAUCAAAGUUGGACAUAAGUUACAUCCAUCCAGUUCUGACCUUCACCUUACCAGUUGGUAACCAGGACAUAAAUCAAGUUGAAAUUGUGUAUAAACUCAACGCUGGCUAUGAACAGUUGGGCCACCCCAGCCGAACCACUGAAGGGUGGCAGCUCAAAACCAGUGAUAUCAAACUGGAACCUACUGAUGUGAUCCAUGCCUACGCCACAACCUACGAUCAGGAUGGUAAAAUAAAGGAAAUAACGGAGCAAGCAACGUUCACUUUAAAUGCUCACGGGGCCGUGGAGAUCCCUUCACCAAGACGUAUCAGAGCCGUAGUGUUCAGAGAUGACUUCAACAGUUUUGACAGAGGUCGAUGGAACAUUGAGGUCUCUAUGUUUGGAGGUUAUAACGGAGAGUUCCAAGUGUAUACUAACGACCCAAAAAAUAUCUUUGCACGAGAUGGACAGCUGCAUCUUCAUCCUAUGCCCACUGUUGAUGACGCAAGAUUUGAUGAGAAUUUUCUGUAUCAUGGCCACAUGGACUUAAACAGUUUGUUUGGUAUGUGCACUAUCUCUGACCUCAACGGAUGUGUUCGAGACGGAAACAAUGGUAUCCUACCACCUGUCAUGUCUGGCAAGGUCAUGAGUAUCCCUACACUUAGAUUUGGCACCAUUGAAGUUCGCGCCAAAAUACCAAGAGGAGACUGGUUAUGGCCAGCUAUUUGGAUGAUGCCAAGGUCAAGUGUUUACGGCACAUGGCCAAGGUCAGGGGAGAUCGACAUCAUGGAAUCAUGGGGUAACAUUGGUGACCUUGGUGUCAAGACAGUGACCAGCACACUUCACUGGGGACCUUCGGCUGACCAGAACAGGUUUAUGACAACUCACGGAGAAAGAAAAUCCAAUAACUGGCACAAUGACUUCCACGUCUGGAGACUAGAGUGGACACAAGAUCACAUUCUGACCUUUGUAGACAACCAGCAGAUCAUGUCUGUUACUCCCCCUGGUGGAGGCUUUUGGCAAUGGGGCGGCUUCUCUGGCAACAAUAUUUGGGGCUCAGGGGCUCACAUGGCGCCCUUUGAUCAAGACUUCUUCAUAAUGUUUAACGUGGCUGUUGGCGGCACCGGAGGAUUUUUCCCGGAUGGAAAUCACUAUGACGGCGUGAACAAGCCAUGGAACAACAACUCCCCUCGAGCUAUGGAAGAGUUUUGGAGAGCUCACGGAGCCUGGGGGCCCACUUGGCAGGGCGACAACUCUGAUCUGAUCAUAGACUACGUAGAAUUUAGAAGCUUAUAAAAUCAUGUCAUUGUUGUUGUUUUUUUUGCGUGAUAAUGUACUAAAUACAUUUUUAAAACAAUAUA